AUGACACCAACGAUGGUGCUAUACGCUCUCGCCAGUCCCCGCGGCACUACCAAACGGUGCUUCGUGUCCGCGGAAUCCCGCAGAGCUGCGCUGACCGUGAAGAGUAUUCGUUGCCUUUUUCUCCUCGUGCUCUCCGCGUACCCCUUCCGCGUCGUGCGGCCAGUUAGCGCAGGCGACGUUAUGCGAGAGGCAGUGCAGGUGAAGGAGGGACGAGCAGCGGCAGGACAAGGGUCCGCGUCAGGCGGGCCCAAGGAGGUGAUGAUGGCGCGAGUGCGAGUUGCUGGCAGCAGGAAUGGCGCGAGUGUGAGCGGCGCGCUGCCGGAGGUGCCGAAUGUGUUUCCGCACGCUCCUGACAACGCAAAAGAAGUCGGCACAUACGUGCCCAUACAAUUCAGGAACGACCCGGAGCGUGUGAAGCUGAAGAGCCGGCCGCUGGGCAUGCACAUCAGCAGCGACGAGCAGACGGCCGUGUGGCUCAACUACUUUCAGAAGAACGCACUUGAAGGACCGAAGCUGAACUGCAUGGGCCAUCCCUGCCCGCACUUCCUCCGGUGCAGGGACGGUCUCCUGUGCCCCAACGUGUGGGCCUGCUGGAAUAGCGAGCUCGUGGAUCAUGAGAUGAUUUUCACUCCUGCUCCUCUGAACUGCCCGAACCGGGCAGCAGGGGAGGAAAAUGUGGGGGGCGAGGAAGGGGAGUAUGACGAGUCGUGCAGUCACCGGGCGGAUCACGGGUUGCGCAUGCCGUGGGCUCUGCAGAACUUCCAGCUGUCAGAUGUGUACAUAACGCACGACGGGUUCCUGUUUAACGCCACGCAUCAGUUUGUGCGCGGCGGCUGCCAUCAGAUCGGCAAGUACACCUUCUCCCCAGCAGCAGUGGUGCACGAGCUGCAUGGAGCAUGGAGCUGGGCGUACGUGUCGGGUGGCAACUUCUACCACGUGCUUGCGGAGGCGCUGCCAGCCUUUGUGGUGGCUGCACGCCUCUUCCACAAGUACCGCAAGUACCCCAUCCUCGCCACAGGCGGGCAGUGGAGGGAGUAUGAUCUCGUGGGAGCCGCAAUCACGGGCAUUCCACGUGCGAGCAUGAGAGCACUCGCCACGUUCCCAGGGGAGAUUUACCAUGCAGCGUGGAUGCAGCAGCCCAUGUUCCAGCAGUGUGGCACGCCCAGCAGGGCUCUCUGGCACACCAUUCGCUCGCGCCAUUUCCUCCACCCCGACGGUCUGCCUCUCUUCAACCCCGACUGGACCUACCGCGAUCUGCCGCCCCUCACUGACGCACAGAUGGCUCUCCUGCCCGCUGAUUGGCUGGUCGUGUUGGCAAAGCGCCCGGGCAGGAAGCGAUCCAUCAUCAACUUUGCUGAGCUGGAAUCGGCCGUCAGGAAGAUAUUUCCCGACCGGGUGGUGAUGUUCAAUGGGUCCAUGGGGAUACUGGAAGCACGUGACUUGUUUCGCCGAGCACGGCUGUACAUAGGCGGCCAUGGUGCAGCGCCGGCAAACAUGGUCUUCAUGCCGGCACAGGCAACAUUCCUGGAGAUCCGUCCAAAUGGGUGUCCCAACACCUGCUUCCACCAGUUGUCGCAUGCCUGCUCCCUGCGCUACCACUUGGUGUUGAGUGAUGGAACAUGCUACUCCCCUGUUGUGGCACACGUCGACAAGAUCGCUGAAACACUGAAGAUUAUUGCUCGGGAAUUCCUUGAAGAAGAUGCGAAUAAGGGUGCUGGAAGAUAA